AUGUCGCAACGCAAGUCUCGCGCCCCUUCCGGCUCAGAUGAUGACUCCUCGGGCCCUCGCAUUCCCCCACUUCCUCAAGGAGGUCGAGGAAGGCGCUCAGGAGGCGAUGACUUUGAAUCGCCAAAGAGGCGCAGACGCCAUUCUGGCCGAGGGUACGACAUGCCACGGGAAAAGCCACUGCCUUCGAAAGUGGAGCUGCAACUCUGCGUCUUCCAUGGCGCCCCUUCCCAUCGUUGGCGCACUGCGCCCUUCACUUUUGACAGAAGGAGGGAUGAUGAUAGAGAGCUAUGGGAAGAGAUACGGCGGGUCUACAGGGAUGAGCUGCAGGGUGUAUGGAGGCGAAUCCUUGGGUUCAAGAAAUUGAAGCAUAUCAUCCCGAUUGAGUACACCCCUAACGGCGUCCCCAUCGCCAAAACCGCCAAAGACGACCCAAAUUCACACUCCUUUAUGCACGCCGUCCACCACCCUGAUCGCAUUCGCCCAGCUCACGAAUGGGUCGACUGGUUUACCGAAUUUAAAGCCGGUGACCGCGGAAAACCUGUUGGGCUCGAAUUUCAAGAGGGACUGUGGGCUGAGAAGCUCGCUAUAAUCGCUAUCUUGAUUACCAUUGCCAUCAUCAUUGUGUCGAUAGUGUGGGUGGUCAAAGGAGGACAGCUGCAGACCGUCUUCACGGUCAUGGGAUUUGUGCUCAGUGGUGCUGCUGCUGAGGUAGCUUUGGUGGCGCUCUACUUCCAAGUGACGACGUCGAAUUAA